AUGGCGACCAACGGCACCGACGCAGACCAUGAAGAUGGCCAAUCCCAUCACCUCGAGCACUCGGUCCACCAGCGACUGAGGGCCAACUCGUCCAUCAUGCAGCUCAAGAAGAUCCUAGUGGCCAAUCGAGGCGAGAUCCCCAUCAGAAUCUUCCGAACUGCCCACGAACUCUCCCUCCAGACUGUGGCUGUCUACAGCUAUGAGGACCGGCUGGGCAUGCACAGACAAAAGGCGGACGAGGCGUACAUGAUAGGUAAGCGAGGACAGUACACUCCAGUUGGCGCCUAUCUGGCUGGGGAUGAGAUCAUCAAGAUUGCCCUCGCCCACGGCGUCCAGAUGAUCCAUCCUGGCUAUGGUUUCUUGUCCGAGAACUCCGAAUUCGCUCGGAAGGUCGAAGAGGCCGGCAUCAUCUUCGUGGGUCCUUCUUACCAGGUCAUUGAAUCUCUCGGAGACAAAGUCUCAGCGCGAAGACUAGCCAUGAGGUGCAACGUGCCAUGCGUGCCCGGCACCGAAGGCCCGGUCGCCAAGUUCGAGGAGGUCAAAGCAUUCACCGACCAAUAUGGCUUCCCCAUCAUCAUCAAGGCUGCCUUUGGUGGAGGUGGCCGUGGCAUGAGAGUCGUCCGAGACCAAGAGAGCCUCAAGGAUUCAUUUGAGCGAGCUACCUCGGAGGCCAAGUCAGCCUUUGGCAACGGCACAGUCUUUGUCGAACGCUUUUUGGACAAGCCGAAGCACAUUGAAGUCCAGUUGCUCGGCGACAAUCACGGCAAUGUUGUUCAUCUGUACGAGCGAGACUGCAGCGUUCAAAGACGGCACCAGAAAGUCGUUGAGCUGGCACCCGCCAAAGAUCUCCCUUCCGAAGUCAGGGAUGCCAUUCUCAACGACGCAGUCAAACUAGCCAAGUCCGUCAACUACCGCAAUGCAGGCACCGCUGAGUUCUUGGUAGACCAACAGAACAGGUACUACUUCAUCGAAAUCAAUCCCCGAAUUCAAGUCGAACACACCAUCACUGAAGAGAUUACCGGCAUUGAUAUCGUGGCUGCUCAGAUCCAAAUCGCAGCUGGGGCCUCGCUCGAGCAAUUGGGCUUGACCCAAGACCGUAUCUCCACACGAGGCUUCGCCAUUCAGUGCCGUAUCACCACUGAAGAUCCUUCCCAGGGGUUCUCGCCAGAUACCGGCAAGAUCGAGGUCUACCGAUCGGCUGGUGGCAACGGUGUGCGUCUCGACGGCGGCAAUGGAUUUGCCGGCGCUAUUAUCACUCCUCACUACGACUCCAUGUUGGUCAAAUGUACUUGCCACGGCUCCACCUACGAGAUUGUGCGUCGGAAGAUGCUACGAGCACUGGUUGAAUUCCGCAUCCGCGGUGUGAAGACCAACAUCCCCUUCUUGGCCUCCCUUUUGACUCACCCUACAUUUGUUGAAGGCACGUGCUGGACAACCUUCAUUGACGAUACUCCCGAGCUGUUCAAAUUGAUUGGCAGUCAGAAUCGGGCGCAGAAGCUCCUUCAGUAUCUUGGCGACCUUGCGGUCAACGGAAGCAACAUCAAAGGCCAGAUUGGAGAGUCGAAAUUCAAGGGUGACAUCAUCAUGCCCAUAUUAUUCGACGAGCAUGGCAAAGAGAUCAACGUGGACGAGCCAUGCACCACGGGAUGGAAGUCCAUCAUUGACAAAGAAGGGCCUGUUGCGUUCGCCAAGGCGGUUCGAGGGAGCAAGGGAUGUCUGCUCAUGGACACUACUUGGCGUGAUGCGCACCAGUCUCUGUUGGCCACACGAGUUCGCACCGUUGACCUGUGCAAUAUCGCCAAACAUACCAGCCAUGCUCUUAGCAACGCAUGGGCAUUGGAGUGCUGGGGCGGAGCCACGUUUGAUGUUGCCAUGCGAUUCUUGUACGAAGACCCAUGGGACAGACUCCGCAAAAUGAGAAAGCUGGUCCCCAACAUUCCAUUCCAGAUGUUGCUCCGUGGGGCCAACGGGGUUGCUUACAAGUCACUGCCGGACAACGCAAUUUACCACUUCUGCAAACAGGCCAAGAAGAACGGCAUGGAUAUCUUCAGAGUGUUCGAUGCUCUCAACGACAUCGACCAAUUGGAGGUAGGCAUGAGAGCUGUUCAGGUGGCUGGUGGUGUUGUCGAAGCCGCCAUCUGCUACUCCGGUGAUAUGUUGAACCCCAAGAAGAAAUACAACUUGGAAUACUACAUGAACCUAGUGGAGAAGAUUGUCAAGAUUGGCACUCAUAUUCUCGGAAUCAAAGACAUGGCCGGCGUUCUGAAGCCCAAGGCUGCUCGGAUCCUGGUGGGCACGAUCCGCAAGAAGUAUCCUGAUUUGCCGAUCCAUGUCCAUACCCACGACUCAGCAGGAACUGGAGUUGCGACUUACGUCGCUUGUGCAGAAGCUGGUGCUGACGCAGUCGACACUGCAACUGACAGCAUGAGUGGGAUGACAUCUCAGCCCAGCUGCGGCGCUCUUCUUGCCUCUCUCGAGGGCACCCAGUACGAUCCCGGCUUGAAUGGCCACAAUGUUCGAGCUCUUGACCAGUACUGGUCCCAACUUCGACUACUCUACUCACCAUUCGAAGCUGGCUUGACUGGCCCCGAUCCAGAAGUGUACGAACAUGAGAUACCAGGAGGACAACUGACGAACCUGAUUUUCCAAGCGUCUCAGCUCGGUCUUGGCGCGCAAUGGCUGGAGACGAAGAAGGCCUAUGAGCAGGCAAACGACCUUUUGGGGGACAUUGUCAAAGUCACUCCGACGUCCAAGGUGGUAGGUGAUCUGGCGCAGUUCAUGGUGUCAAACAAGUUGGACGAGGAAGGCGUCAAGGCCAGGGCCAAAGAGUUGGACUUCCCCGAAUCUGUAUUGGAAUUCUUCGAGGGAUACAUGGGUCAGCCAUACGGCGGAUUUCCCGAACCGUUGCGAAGUGAUGUACUCCGUGGUCGCCGGAAGAUGGACAAGAGGCCCGGACUUUACCUUGACCCUGUCGAUUUUGCCAAAGUCAAGAAAGAUUUGAAGGAGAGAUUCAACACUAGCGCCGAGACCGACAUCGCCAGUUACGUGAUGUACCCCAAGGUCUUUGAGGACUAUCGUAAGUUUGUCGACAAAUAUGGAGAUCUCUCAGUGCUCCCGACCAAAUACUUCCUCAACAAGCCCGAGAUCGGCGAAGAAUUCCACGUGGAACUCGAGAAGGGCAAGGUUCUGAUCAUGAAGUUGCUGGCUGUGGGACCGUUGUCGGAAGCUACAGGCCAACGCGAAGUGUUUUACGAGGUCAACGGUGAAGUUCGACAAGUCACCAUCGACGACAACAAGGCGGCGGUUGAGAAUACUAGCCGGCCCAAGGCUGAUCCUGGCGACAGCAGUCAAGUAGGCGCUCCUAUGGCAGGCGUGGUUGUGGAAGUCCGAGCCAAAGAGGGACACGAGGUCAAGAAGGGCGACCCAAUCGCGGUGCUGAGCGCCAUGAAGAUGGAAAUGGUGAUUAGCGCUCCACACUCUGGCAAAGUCGGGGAAAUCCUGGUCAAAGAAGGGGACUCUGUCGCUGGAUCGGACUUGAUUUGCAAGAUUGCAAAGGCAUGA